CGAUACUAGCUGCAGGAUCCGCCACCUCUCAAUGACAGCACACGCGAGAGAGAGCUUCCAAAUCCAAAGCAGGGGUCCAGACAUGUCGUUAAAUCACCAAGGCCUUUUGGACUGAUGUGAAGCUUUUCGUGCUUUGCUUUGGAUUUCUUUUUUUUUUUUUGCAAUGAUGAUUUGUGAUAGAGGAGCAGCCGGUGCGGGGAAAACUAGCGGAUGACUUGACGAAGGAGCCGGAAACUAACAGGAAUAAAUACAAUCUACAUCUGGAUAAAUCUGUGUUUGCAGCACAUUUCAAGUCAGUGCAUCGCUUUGAGGUGGCCCAGUCCAGAUCCAGACCCAGUGUAAGAACAUCCGUCCAGCAUCAGACCAACGUCAACACACAGCUUCAUCCCUGGUUGUGAGGACAGCAGACUUUGGGACGUAUUUGGACCAGAGUGGUCCACACGAUGGGGAAGACCGGGCAGAGCACGGUGGACUUAAACUCCCCAUCAGAGGUCAAACAAGCCGUCCCUUCUGAGGACCUGGACUCCACAGCGCCCCCUGCCGAUCAGAAGAAGGAAAAGGAGGUUCCACCUGACAGAGGAAGCUGGAAGGGGAAGUUCGACUUCCUGCUGUCAUGCGUAGGAUAUGCCAUCGGUUUAGGAAAUGUCUGGAGGUUUCCUUAUUUGUGCGGCAAAAAUGGUGGAGGUGCCUUCCUGAUCCCAUACUUUUUGACCCUGGUGUUUGCCGGGAUACCUCUCUUCUUACUGGAGACGUCUCUUGGACAGUUCACCUCAGUGGGGGGAUUAGGAGUGUGGAAACUCAUUCCCAUGAUGAAAGGUGUCGGUUUGGCUGCUGUUGUCUUGUCAUUCUGGCUAAACAUCUACUACAUAAUCAUAAUUGCCUGGGCUCUCUACUACUUAUUCAACUCCUUCAGUUCGGAGCUGCCUUGGCAGAGCUGCGAUAAUCCCUGGAACACAGAAAACUGCUUCUCCAAUUACAGCCUGACGGACACCACCAACCUGACCAGCGCUGUCACCGAGUUCUGGGAACGCAACAUGCACCAGCUGACUGGUGGUCUGGAGGAGCCAGGAGAGCUGCGGUGGCCUUUGGUGGGCACCCUGGCGCUGGCUUGGAUUCUUGUCUACUUUUCAAUCUGGAAAGGAGUAGAGUGGACGGGAAAGGUGGUUUAUUUUUCCGCCACCUAUCCCUACUUCAUGCUGUUCAUCCUAUUCUUCCGAGGUGUCACCCUUCCCGGAGCCAUAGAUGGCAUCCUGUUCUACAUCACCCCAGACUUCAAUAAGCUCAUUCGAUCUGAGGUGUGGCUGGACGCAGCGACACAGAUCUUCUUUUCCUACGGACUGGGCUUGGGCUCGCUCAUUGCACUCGGAAGCUACAACACUUACCACAACGACGUGUACAAGGACUCUAUCAUAGUGUGCUGCAUCAACUCAUGUACGAGCAUGUUUGCCGGGUUUGUCAUCUUCUCUAUUGUAGGAUUCAUGUCCUACAUCACAAAGAAACCAGUGCAGGAACUGGCGGCAUCAGGUCCAGGUUUGGCCUUUCUAGCCUAUCCUCAGGCAGUCACCCAGCUUCCCAUGUCUUCCCUCUGGGCCAUCCUCUUCUUCUCGAUGCUCAUGAUGCUCGGCUUGGACAGCCAGUUCUGCACAGUCGAAGGAUUCAUCACGGCUCUCAUGGAUGAGUAUCCCCUGGUGCUGAGGAAGAGGAAGAAGCUCUUCAUCCUUAUUGUUUGUUUCGUCUCCUUCAUCAUUGGAUUCUCCAAUAUCACUCAGGGUGGUCUGUAUGUCUUCAAGAUGUUUGAUUACUACUCUGCAAGUGGAAUGUGUCUUCUCUUCCUUGUCUUCUUUGAAACCGUUUCCAUAUCCUGGUUUUAUGGAGCUGAACGAUUUUACAAGAACAUUGAAGACAUGAUUGGUUAUCGGCCAUGCAUCUGGUGGAAGCUUUGUUGGCGCUUCUUCACGCCUCUGAUCUGCCUGGGGGUUUUCACCUUCAGCGCAAUUGAAAUGACACCCCUGAUGCUGGGGAAGUAUGUGUAUCCACUGUGGGGCCAAGUGAUUGGAUGGUUCAUGGCUUUGUCUUCAAUGAUCCUCAUCCCAGGCUAUGUGAUCUACAUGUUCUGCACUACCAAAGGCAGCAUCAAGCAGCGCUGGCGGAAGAUGACAACUACCCAGGAGGAUGAGAAGUCACCGGGGCUGGAAGAAUUCACACACACAGGAGGCAUGGGUGAAGCUCCUGUGUAGCCAGGAUGGCUCAGGUUAAACGGUUCUGACUACCAAGACUUAAUGAGGUCUACUGAAAUGUAAAAAAAAAAAAAAAAAAGGGGGUAAAAAAGUCUCUGGAAAAAGCCCGUCACUCGCUUGAUUCCAACCCACAUGGUGCUGGAAACCUUUUUUAUACAUGUAACGGAGGUUUGCUGCAGAAGUGAAGGUUCUGAACCCAAAUUGAGUAUUUAAUUCUAAAUGAAACUGUGUACAUAACCAGCAUGUGAACUGUUACUGGUUACUGUGAUUUGAAAAAAGUUAUUAUACCUAAUGAACUUUUCAGAUAUGUCGUAUUACAACCGCAAACCUCAGUGUAUUCCGUCGAGAUUGUAUGUCAUACACCAACACAAACUAUCGAAUCUUCAAGUUUAAGGAAAAUAGGAUCCAUGGAUUAAAAUCUUUUACAAAUUAAAAACAGGAAAGAGUGGUGUGCAUUUGGAUUAAGCCUCCUUUAAUCUGAUACCUCAAAAUAGAAUUCUAUUAAACCAACUGCCUUAAGAGGAUCUCAGCUUGAAUCCAGCUGUUCUGUAAUGGCAUCAGAGGUCUGUUAAAUAACACUUACCAUAUAAACAAAGAGUAUCAUAAAGACAAAGGACAACACCAGUCAGCUCAGGGAUAAAGUUGUGGAGGGAGAGAUGAUGUUGUAAUCUUGGCAAAAAGGUGGUUCAGUGCUGACUCACAGGGGGGUUAAUACAAAUGCACUCACACAUUUUUUUUUUUAUUUGUCAAAAAUGUUCAAAUAUUAUGAAGGUAGCAUGACAAAAUCUUUAAAAAAAAAGUCAUAGGAAUAGUUUUCCAAGGGACUGAAUAAGAUUUAACACGUGCAGUGAAAGUUGCUGUAAAGACAGCAUGUUAAAACAAGAUUUCGCUAUAAUGCAUUCAAGGUCAUUGGUACAUAUUGUCGUCCAUAUUUAGGAUAAGUUGUACAAUAAAGCGUCUUUGCUAAUAAAGCAUAAAUCCUUAAGAAAAAAAAGUUCCACAAUGUCAUUUACCAUAUGAUGUUUCUAAUCUGAAGAAAAAUAUUUCUAGGUUGUAACUUAUAUGUAUUUAAGAAUGUUGUUUUCAAUUUACUUCCAAUAUAUAUAUAUAUAUAUAAACUGUAAAUAUAUUUGUAUUUAACAAAAGAUGCUUUUCAGUGUAAAACCGUGCAUUUCCAAAGUACAAUGUUAAGACUUCACAUGUAAUUAGUCCUUCUACACGUAACGCCAAUGUUCACAUGAAAAUGUGUUUUAAGUUUAACCUAAUGAAACAGAGGCAGCAGGGCAAACACCUUGGUUUAUUUAUCUGUUCCGUGUGCCAGGACUGGUGAUACCUAUUGCAUUUACAGGUAGCACAGAGACAAAGGUCAAACCAAAAGUACAAAAAGCAGAUUUCAUGGAUGUUAACAGGAGGAUCUGACCAGCACCUCAGAAAACCAGAGAUAAGAGGAAAAGGAGAAGUGAUUACUGGGAUUGGAACCAGGUGAGAUCAAGUGACUGAUUGAAAGCAGGUUAGAGAGGAGCUGGAAUAUACAGAAAGAUUAAAAAAAGACAAAUAAACCAAACAGGAAAUGUCUCAAAACAAUAAGAAAACCAUGAAUUAACCCUUCUAGUGUGGAUGGCUAAAAACUAAACUGAAUCUUAUUGUUGUUAAAGUAUAAAUAGUUAUAUGAACGGCAAUUUCUCCAGCAAGAGCAUCAAUGAAAAUAAGGUUUAUGAUCCUUCCAUACUAAGAGAGACAAAAUUUUAAGCAGAUUAGCAGUACUUUUAAUUGGACUUCCGAUAAUUCUUUUUUUCUUUUUUAUCUGCACAGGUUUUGAUGUGAACGGCUUCUGUCUGCUUGACAUUUGUUGUCUCUAAAUGUUACAACAUUUCUACAUUUUUAUUGAAUGUACAAAUUUGGAGAUGCAUGCUUUGAAACUGAGUAUUUUUGUUGUAUAUAUGUAUGACUUUACUUCAGCUUUUCAUGUAACUAAAAAUGAAUUAAAGUAAUCUACACAUAAA